AUGGCAACCAUAAUUCUCAUGAUAUUAAUUGUUUUCCUUCCUGUCGCAAUAGGAGUAGGUAUAGCAUACUUUGGCUACAACGAAUACAAAGCCCGGCGCUUUGCAGCCCCAGACGUGGAGCAAACACGAUAUAUCGAAAACACUCCACAGAGAAAGUGGCAGGAAGUGGAUCUCGACGACGUCGCACUGCCUGAGAAGCAGUACCAUAGUGGUCAGUGGUACGGAUCUCCCGCUAUAGUAUCUAUAGACAUCGCGCCGGUCGCAAAACCGCUACCCAGCAGCCCUUAUCUCGAGUUUACGGGUGGAGAGGGACUAGUCAGUCCUCCCGGGCGAGUCUUUCUCUCUACGAAUGAAGAAAAUGAAGGGCUGAAGGGGCGGAGUAGGGAAGUUGACAGGUUUCAUGAGCAGGAGAUCCAUGGAUGCAAGCCGUGGGACUUUGAAAAAGAUGGCUAUGGUAAAUCGGCAGCUCAGCAACCUGAAGUUCAGUGCCCAAAGCCGAUAAGAGCGAUUACCAUGAAACCAAACCCUGAACCUGCGAAUACAGCGUAUGAUGCAGAACAAACAGCUGCUUCGGACAUCUGGGAUAAGAUCGAUAAGGGUGAGGUAUCAAUUUCGAGACGAAAGCCAGAAAGGAAGUCGCGGAAGCCAUUAGUUCCUAUUGGACCUCGCAACACCGCGAUGACUGACAAGAAUGACAUGGAAGGCGUUGAUCUCAACAGCACAAAACUAUGCGCAAACAGGGAAGGUCCUGCAUCAUCGGUGGUCACUGUCGUCGACACCAACAAUGUAAAUAUUCAACUUCCAGUAUACUACGCCAAACGCAAAGCCAGCAUCGACCCCGUUGCUACGCCGAUAAUAGAAGGCGAUCGAGCAGCAGAAAUGCGCCGCAAGAUGGCCGAAGCGAAGAAACAGAGGGCAGAACGGCAGAAGCAAGAGGAGGAAAAGCAGUUACGUGAAGAAGAGCGCAGGCGGGUACGGGAACAGGAAGAACGGGAAGCGGAAAAGAUACGUGCAGAGGAAGCUCAAAAGAGGGAAUAUGAGGAGAGACAACGAGCACUCAUACCGCCAAACCAGCCUGAACCCACACCCGAAAACAUCAGUGAUCCAACUUCUAGCCAACCUCAACGCCGCUCCUCGAAACGCCGUUCCAACGUGUCCACCUCUUCAUCCACAAGCCGCCCCUCCACAUCCUCCAUAUCCAGUCAAGACCCCCCCUCCGCCCGUCGUACCAAACGCGCCAACACCAUCGCAGCCGACACACUCAAGCCGACCACCGCCCGCUCGAUUCUCACUUCAAAAGCCCCACAAAGCAUGAGUAUGACAGAAAACCCACGCCCGGAUUUUAACCCAAAGAUGCCGUCUAUUAUUGAGAGCGUACGACCAGAUAGCCAUGGCUCCGUUGGCAGUGGUAGUAGCGAAAAUGGUGGUAGUAGAGAAAAUAAAGACGCAAAGCGACGAUCUAGUUCAUCCAGCUACUCUGCUAGAUAUAAUGGUGGACGACGGAUGUCCCAGGAUGCAGGUGCAGGUGUGCUGGAUGAGUGCUAUGAGGAAAACAGGGAGGAUACACGAUAUAACGCUAGGUUCGAGAAGCGGGUUAAGCACAGUGGGACACGACGCUCUUCCUCCUCAUCUUCUUCAUCACAGACACCAGCUCGGCGCGCAUCAGCUUCCUCGAGCAGAAACGACACCACAGAUACUAAGAGGAGGCGCAGUACCACGUCCCGUUCCUCCACUUCCAGCUCCGUGGUUGCUGAGCGCGAAGCCGCAGAUCGCAGGCCGUCUAUGACCUCGGAGGCUUUGAGUAAGUUUGCCAAAGGGGUUUCAAGGUGGGAUAGCACUGAUUCGGGACGACGGCAAUACAGCCACGAGCCCGAGGAGAGGAAAAGCAACACGCUGGGCUUGCAUGGAAGGCACGUACAGAGGGGAGACGAGGUGGCUUGUGAGACUGAAAGCUCGAGUGAGGAGGGAAGUAGUGAUAAAGAUGAGGGUUUUGAGGAUGAGCAUGAGCAUGAGGCUGAUCCGCCGAAGUUACGAGGAGGGGCUGGGAGUCAGACGGGUGGGACGGAAACGGAGAGUGAGAGAGAUGGUGAAAACGCUGGAUAUAACGAAGACCGACACUCUGGCACUGAUUGCAUGCACGCUUCGCGUUCAGAAGACUGGCGUUUCGACCACACGGAAGAAGAGCAGGAGAAUGAACACUCAGGAGACAAUCGUUCGGAAGAUGAGCAUACGGACACUGAGCAUUCAGAAGCCCAAAAUUCCGACAAUGAGCACACUGACCGCUCUGGAGAUGAGCACUCUGGCGAUGAGCACUCAGAGGGCGACACUGACAGCAAUGGCGAUGAUCGAGACGAGUAUUCAGACUCUGAGUCAGACUCUUCUUCUGCAUCUGCCUAG